AUGAUAAAUACAACAAAGCGGAAAUGUCAAAUACUUGACCCGCUACACGAAAAAGCUCCAAGCGAUGAGAGAAAGGACAUUAAUAAAUUCACUGGAUAUGUAUUUUCAAGAUUGAUAACAUAUGCCGGCGGGGAACCUCUGGAGAAAGGGGAGAACGAGAAGAAACUUAAAGCAUCAUAUGUUAAAAUAUCAGGCCAAAAAACAAGCUAUGACUGCGCUAUCUACGUAAUGAAGUGGCUUGAGUUAAUUGAGCCGGAAAACAUUAAAAAGGGGAAGUAUGAAUGGGAUAAUUGGACACAGGAGGAGGUGGACCACUAUAGAGUGGAGUAUGCUUCCCGGAUACUAUUCAGUGAGAUGAAUAAACAGAGAGAUCGGGCAAUUAGAGAGAGUAGUGCUAUAAGGCUGUCGAAGCCAUCCUCUGUAUUAUUGAGUCCGUUUUGUCAGAUUAAUUCUGCUGAUAUAGAAACUGGGUAAUCCAACUGCUGGGUAGUUUGUAAAUUGAACAAAUGAUGUAAAUAUUUGCCAUUUAUCAACAACUUCUAUUCGAUGUAUAUUUUUUCCGAUAGUUAAACUAUAUGUGAUGGUAAACUGCCUGUGAUGUAUUCAAAAGCUGUUUUACAGGUGGUA